CCAAGGAUUUGCCAUUACAUCUGCCACAUACUUAACUCCCGGCUCUGGAGCAAACUCCCGUGCAAUCUAGGGUCGCACCUCCUGUUCCGGGCUUGCUAGGCUUUUCCGCACGAUGGCUGGGGAGUCUAGCACCGCACGUGUGAGAUGGGAGCUUGAAAACAACAUUGCUCCUGCAGCCUCGGAGGACACAGAUGCACUCUUCAAGUAUGACGCGGCGGAGCAGCAGCUAGCACAGAGCUGCAAGCCCUGGGCGAAGGACCCUCACCACUAUAAGCAUGUGCGCAUGUCGGCUCUGGCGCUGCUGAAGAUUGCGAUGCACGCGCGCUCGGGAGGCAAUCUGGAGGUCAUGGGUAUUCUGCAGGGCAAGGUGGUGGGUGACACGUUCAUUGUCAUCGACUCGUUCGCGCUGCCGGUGGAGGGCACGGAGACGCGCGUGAACGCGCAGGCGGAGGCGUAUGAAUACAUGGUGGACUUCCUGGACACAAACAAGGCGGUGCACCGGCCAGAGAACGCGGUGGGCUGGUAUCACUCCCACCCCGGAUACGGCUGCUGGCUGUCGGGCAUCGACGUCAACACGCAGAUGAUGAACCAGCAGUACCAGGAGCCCUGGCUGGCGGUGGUUGUGGACCCCAUGCGCACCAUGGCGGCGGGCAAGGUGGAGAUUGGCGCAUUCAGGACAUACCCCAAGGACUACAAGCCCGCGGACGAGGGCCCCUCCGAGUACCAGACCAUUCCGCUGGACAAGAUUGAGGACUUUGGUGUGCACGCCAAGUCCUAUUACCCGCUGGACAUCACCUUCUUCAAGAGCAGCACUGACAGCCACCUGCUGGACCUGCUGUGGAACAAGUACUGGGUGGCCACCCUGUCCGCCUCACCGCUCAUCAGCAACAGGGAGUUCGCGGCGGGGCAGAUUGCGGACGUGGCUGAGAAGCUGGAGCAGGCCGAGUCCAGCCUGGCACACGGGGCGCGCCUGGGCAGGUACUUUGAGAAGAAGAAGCCUGCCACCAGCGGCAGCGGCGCGGCCGGCGGCGGCGGCGGCGGCGAGGAGAGCGCGCUGGCCCGCAUUUGCCGCGACACCUCCAAGCUGGCGGCGGAGCAGAUCAAGGGGCUGUCAACGCAGCUGGUAAAGCAGGCGCUGUUCAACUGCAAGCUGUCGGGCCCAGGCGCCGGCUCGGCAGCAGGUGCAGCUGGGUCGUCAGCGGCCGCCGCAGCGGCGGUGCCGAUGGAGACGUGAGGAGGCGGGCAUGCUGGAGGGCAGGAGGGUUGUGUCGAUGUGUAACGGGGCGGGGUGCUGAGGUGGAACGGGAUGGCAGACGGAGGCAGCGAAUGGUGGGCGAGUGGGGUGGAGGCGGCGCCUGGCAGCAAGUGUGGGUGUGCGGCGCCGGGAGGUUACGUGUUGCUGUGUUUUUGUGUUCACGUAGGACGGAGAUUGCAGGUAGCUGGGCAGCUGCAGCUUUGCUUUCACUUUACUUUUACAACUGUUUGGAAGUCGAUCACGCGGAGCAGGAUGGGCUGGGCCGGCUGGCAGAGCGUGUGUCUUGUGCCAAAGGAUUAUUGGCGGACUCAGUGGAUGCCGGAUGCAGGUCCCACCUUGGGUCCCAUACCGUGCGUGAGAAGGCAGGGUCUAGGCUGUGCCUCCAGACGCAGAUGUUGUAAGCUCACAGAGGA